AUCACAUGGUGGUCUGUAUUUGCGGAGGAGGAGAAAGAGUAGUGAGUAUUGGCAGGAGGGGACGCUGCUUCAUUACAGCAGUAAACACAAAGGGAACUUGUCGUCUGCAGCAAUGACCGUUAAAAUCUAUUACACCACCGUUACCGCAUCCAGAGAGGUGAAGUCCCAGCAGGCGGAGGUGAUGCGGAUCCUGGAGAGUAAGAGCAUUCAGUUCGAGCUCAUCGAUAUCUCCCAGGACAGCUCUCUGCGGGAGGAAAUGAGGGCCAAGGCAGGGAACCCCACUGCCGUGCCCCCCCUGAUGUUCAACGGGGACCAGUACUGUGGAGACUACAAGAUGUUUGCAGAGGCGGUAGAAGAUGACGCCGUGGAAAAGUUCCUGAAACUCGCUUGAGCCGAGCAGCGCCUGGGAGCUCCUCCCCUCUGCCUGGGAGCUCCUCCCCUCUGCCUGGGAGCUCCUCCCUUCUGCCUGGGAGCUCCUCCCCUCUGCAGCCCUGCGCAGGCCCUGGGCUCAGCCCCAGCAUCACUAUUUCAAUGCUGUACCGAAUGCCAAAAACAAGCACGUCCUCGCUAAUUAACCUUAAUACACACACACACACACACACACACACACACACACACACACACACACACACACACACACACACGCUGAUAUCAAAGUAAUGGCCGGGAACCCUUUCUAUUCCUCCUGUUACAAAACUUAAAUACUGCUAAUAAUUGUCUUAAAGAAUAGGCAUCAAUGAAGUAGAGCACAAGAACCCCUUUUUUGGGUGGGGGUGAAGGGGCACCAGCAGGAAACCAUUUGCUUAGUCCAGUAGCACUGGAUCACUUCUAGGGUAAGAUUUACAGCUUUUUUUUUUUUUUUUUUGCGGGUCAUAUUUUAGUGAAAUAUUUACUUAUUGUAAAGAAAAGUACGUCACAAUAUUAAGUAUUGUGCUCCCGUCCCAUAAAGACAGUUAAAUUGAAUGCAGUCUGGCAUAUAUGGUUAGUGAAAAGUGAAAAACAAGACCAGGUCCAGCUGCUGUAGACAUGGCAUUUUCUACAGCAGUGUAGGCAAUUCAACUACAGGUAUUGUCUUCAAUGGUUCAUUACAGUGUGCAGCCUCUGCAUAACCCAGUAUGGACUAGUAUUAACAGUGGUGCACUGCUUCAGUCUCGUUGCUUGGAGAGAAAUCUCUUCACUGUAUUUUCAGGAAAUGCAGUAUUACUUGGAACACAGUUUAUAAAAAAAAAUACCUUUUGGAGAUAAUUCAGUGGUAUUUAAUGAGUGCCAAGAAAUAUCAAUAGUGUUAUUCACAUUCCAAACCUAAGUCUUACUUUAAAUGGAGGUUAUUCAUAAAACACUUUCACAGUAAUCUGCAGUAAUACUGUGCAUGCAAAGGUUUACACUUCAUCGAUGCGGUCUGUUCACUAAUCAGAUCAAAAGACCUCUUAAGCAGUUGUUUGUGUAAUAGCAUCACUGGGUUUACCUGUUAAAGGAGAGAUCAAGUAAAUACAAUUCUUGUACCUUGUGCAUCUUAAAGAUAACCACCUUAAAUUGAACUUGUUAGGAGCUACAGUGUGAUUUGAGGGCUGAGUACAGUUUAUUUGAUCUUGGAUUUUUUAGUGGUCUAUACCAAUAAAGGUAACUUAACCCCCCUCCCCUACUGUUCAUCCUCCUGAGUGCCAACCCUCACAGUUCAACACAGUAAUACAGACUUCCAACUCUCCACAAGCGCCGCGUUCACUUGACAUCAAACACGGAUAGAUUGACUUGGCAAUGCAGUAUAUCGGCGUCAGUGCAGAAUCUGAGUCUAGUGGUCUCGCUGCUGUUGCUGCACCUCCUCCCCCCUCGCCUCUAUUCUAGUAAUCCAGCCUUGACGGGUAAACGUUGUUUCUGGGCAUCGUUCUAUUGCAUUCCCUGCUAUUUCGUUUUCCAUGGUUUUGUGUAACAGAUUAUUUGACUCAAGCAUUCCAUUAUGGAUCACAUUCUUCCUUUUAGCUCUUGCUUUGCCUUUUGGACCAAUGCAUUUUUUUUUUGGGCCAAGAAAAAAAAAAAAUCGAAAUAUUAUUGUCUUCCAAGAAGAUAAUAACCAUGUGCUGCAAAUGAAAUAAAGUAUAAAUUGGGUAA